AUGUCUCAUCUUGGACAAGGACAAGAUGAUGAAGUUACUCAGAAUCCUUGUAAAGAUGGAUCAAGUGUAGUGGUCGAAGCAGAUGAGCCGUAUGUGGGUCAGGAAUUUGAUACAGAAGAAACUGCACAAGCAUUUUAUAAUGCAUAUGGCAUGCGUGUGGGUUUCAUGACUCGUAUGAACUACCUGGCUCGAUCCAAACAUGAUGGAACCAUCAUUGGCCGGACUUUUGUAUGCAACAAGGAGGGUUACCGGAAGCCUGAUAGGCGCGAUAAGACUACCAUAAAGCCUCGGGCUCCCACUAGGGUAGGUUGUAAGGCCAUGCUAUUGAUAAAGAAAAUUAGUAUUGGGAAAUGGGUUGUUACAAGGUUCAUGAAGGAGCACACUCAUGCAUUGACUGCCACUGCCAACAAAGGUCAAAAAGGAUUGAUUGCUGAUCAAGUACCGAUUAUAAACCAAAUUGGACAACUGGAAAGCUUGGACACUCUUUGUAUAUGUGGAAUUGAUAUGGGAAUGGUCAAAUAUGUUAAAUUUAAUUGGCUGGAUGGUAAGAGAAAGAUUGAAGAAUUAACUCGCGAGCUGUUCCUUGAGAGAAAGCGGUCUGCUUCACUUAGAGAAAUAGUUGAUCUUCUAUUUGAUCACAUUGAGGAACAUUCGCAAGACCUGUCAAAGAAAGUUCAGUAUGUUGUCGGCAAGGUAAAGGAGAUUGAAUCGGAAGGGAAAAAGCGCUAUAACCUCAGAUAG